AUGCCUUCUCACAAGAUCUACACGAAUGGCAUCUACCACGGAUUGCCAACCUUCCCUGAACACGAUGGCAAGCAGUACACUGCUCUCGUACUAGGCGCAAGUGGCAUUACGGGUGCAUACUUCGUCCGUGUAUUGUCUCAGUCUCCUUUGUGGAAGGAGAUCUUUGCCAUCAGCCGCACUGCACCUCAAGGCCCUCUUCCGAGCCACGUUCAUCACGUCGCAAUCGAUCUGCUUCAAGACCCUGCUGCGAUCGCGGAGGCGUUUAAACGCAACAAGAUCCGACCGGACUAUGUCUUUUUCGCCGCGUAUAUCCAGCCACCUCCAAUAUCAGGAAAAGGACUGUGGUCCGAUGAAGAGGAAAUAGAACGCAUCAAUGUUUUGCUCCUGAAGAAUUUGCUGGAGAGUCUCGAGGCCGCGGCGUGCCGUCCCAAGCGCAUCGUCCUACAGACCGGCGGGAAGCACUAUGGGCCCCACCUCGGUCCUCCACUGUCGCCCAUGGAGGAAACCGAUCCCCGCUACCUUCGCAACCCAAACUUCUACUUUGCACAGGAGGAUCUGCUGUGGUCUUGGUGCCGCCGGAAUGGCGUCUCUUGGAACGUUACACGUCCAGCUUUCAUCGUCGGUGCUGUUCCUACUGCCGCGAUGAACAUAGCAUACGGACUUGCAGUUUAUGCCUCGGUCCAACGGGAGCUGGGUGGAAAGCUCGACUAUCCGGGGACCGUGACGGCUUGGGAUACGGAGAAGCACCUUAGUUCAGCGACACUGAUUGGGUACCAUGCUGAGUGGGCAGCACUCAAUGACGAUGCAAAAGACCAAGCCCUCAAUAUCGUCGACGAUAGUUUGUUCACAUACGGUAAGUUUUGGCCCGUACUCGCCGCUUGGUAUGGUGUCGAAUAUGGCGUCCCGGGAGAGACAACUACGAGCGUGACGCUGCCGGCUUCACCGCCACCUCGUGGAUUUGGACCCCCAGGGACGAUCCACUAUGCGUGGUCAUUUCAAGACUGGGCGAACCGACCUGAUGUGCAAGAGGCCUGGACUAGGCUUGCGACAAGGCAUGGUUUGGUAAAGAAUCCUUUUGAAAAAAUCGUGGAUAUCUUUGGGAUUCUUGAUGGUGAUGUCUCCGGACCGUGGCCGCGAAGUAUGAGUGUUGGCAAGAGCAGAAAACUGGGCUGGCAUGGCUAUGUUGAUAGCCAUGAGGCGCUUUACGAGGCUAUUGAAGGGCUGGUGAAUCUCGAAAUGGUCCCACCAAUUCCCAAUGCCGACAGCCAAUCGAUUAAGUAUCAUGGGUACUGA